GCGAGGUGAGCCGCCGGUUCGCGCACCUCUACACCCACAAGUACGCCACCGAGAUAUCGGCCAGCAUGCGCAAGGCGCUCAGCGGCAAGGGAUACACGCUACUAGAUACAGAGGAGUGGUGGCGCGAACAACGUUUCGACUGCGUGUGCAUGUUGAACUUGCUGGACCGCUGCAGCAAGCCGUGGAGCAUGCUGCGUCAGGCCAAGACCGCCAUCGCUCCCGAUGGGGUUCUAUUAUUAGCUCUAGUACUGCCCUACAAGCCCUAUGUUGAAGGAACCAGCGACCACAAGCCCGAGGAACGUUUACCCAUACAGGGUGUCAACUUCGAGGAGCAAGCAGCUUCCUUCAUACAGUUUAUGAAGGAUGAGAUAGGAUUCGAAGCAGUGGUGUGGUCCCGUGCACCCUACCUUUGUGAAGGAGAUUUUGCCCAAGCUUAUUACUGGCUCGACGACUCCAUUUACGUAUUCACACCCAUUAGGGAAUGAGCAAUUUCAAUCCCAAUUUUAGUUAAGACGAAGUUUAGUUUUGUUAUUUUUGGUAUUAAUUUUUGUAUAAUCCUUCAGAAAAUAUAAUCUCGGUAUACCAGUACUUAUAUCAACAUGAUACAUGAGUUCACGCCAUUUUUGACCUUGUGGAGUCCUAUGUACACCAGUGGACUGCAAUAGGCUAGUGUGAAGUGAGAUACCAGUAUAUCUCAGAUUAUUCAAAUUUUACAGUAUAUUCGAUCAAAAUGAAAUACGUAAGUUAUUAAAUAGAGAAAAUUGAUAACGCU